CCUUGCUUGUGUUAUCAAAACAGAACACGUUGUUUUGACAAGUAGUUAGCUUGCUUAUCAAUACGUUAUCGAAGAGAUAUAGCCAGCAUCUACUAACGUUAUUUCAACAAAGAAAACGUCCAGAAUAGUCGUCAUUGCGAGAGCACACGUUUUUGCUCUCCUUCGCUAACCAGCUGCUUUAGCUACCUUGCAUUGCAACCUUUGGAUUUAGCUAACUAGUUAGAUACUAGUAACGUUCGCUACGACAAAAUGCCAUCUCGUGUUGAGGAUUAUGAGGUGUUGUAUACCAUAGGGUCAGGAUCUUACGGCAAAUGUCAGAAAAUACGGAGGAAAUCUGAUGCGAAGGUAAGUGUUUCGCUGUUUAAGGUGUUGUUCGACCAACGUUAGCUAUCUGUUUGCGUUGCAUGCUCUGAUUGCCACCUGGCAAGGUAACCAGAGCCCAUGCGUAACGUUUGCCACUGGGGGGUGCUCUUGAGACGAGACAAACGGUGUCCCCUAAGUGGACAGACAUUUUUUUCAGAAAUGACCUCAUUGGACAUAAAGCGGGGAACAAAGCCAGACCUCCACACACCCGCAAAACUAAAGCAUUUGCCAUGUUUGUCUAAAACGGUGAGGAUCUGUAUAGUUUCAUGAUAUGGCAGGUGUCAUACUGCUAACAUUUAGCUAAGCCAGAAUUUGACGUAAAACAAACAAGUAGCUAGCAAAUAGCCUACACUAACUAUGUAUAUAUUUUAAAUGUUUCCCAAAAUCAACAAGCAUUGGCCAAUCAAUACAUGUUUAGUUCUGUUGUGUCUGGGUUUCGUCAUAGAUUCUAGUUUGGAAGGAGUUGGACUACGGCACAAUGGCUGAGAGCGAGAAGCAGAUGCUGGUGUCAGAGGUCAAUCUCCUGCGUGAACUGAAGCAUCCAAACAUUGUGAGAUAUUAUGACCGCAUCAUUGACCGGACCAACACCACACUGUACAUCGUUAUGGAGCAUUGUGAAGGCGGCGACCUCUCCAGCCUCAUCACCAGAUGCAUCAAAGAAAGGUGUGUGUUUUGUGCUGUCGUAUUUACCUUGGUUCCCUUGUCCGUCCAUCAUGUAUACAUCUAUCUGAUGGCCUUCCACUCUGACAUCUAGGUAGGGAACUGCGACAGUGCAACACCCUUUGUGGGUUUUGAACAUGGGUCUGCCAGCCUGUAGGAAAACUCUUGAGGGUUGGCAUGACUGAAAAUAAUAAUACAUCAAAUGUAGUUACCUUCUCCUUUUUAUUAAGUACAUUUGGUGUACAUUUGGCAUGUUCAAAGUUGCAGUAUUGGUUGAUAACUUAUUGUUUGGAUGCUUCAGUUCAUGCAGGAGCUUCUCUGCACAUUUACGUUUUAGUCAUUUAGCAGAUGCUCUUAUCCAGAGCGACUUACAGUUAGUGAGUGCAUACAUUUUAAUACUGGCCCCCCGUGGGAAACGAACCCACAACCCUGGCGUUGCAAGCGCCAUCCUCUACCAACUGAGCUACACGGGGCACCUUAGCACACAUGCACUCACUCAUGCACACACCCACACAGACAUACAGUGCAUUCGGAAAGUAUUCAGACCCCUUUUUCCGAAUGUUGUUACGUUAUAGCCUUAUUCUAAAAUUGAUUACAUUUUCCCCUCAUCAAUCUACACACAAUACCCCAUAAUGACAGUGAAAACAGGCAUUAGACAUUUUUGAGAAUGUAUUACAAACACAAAAACAUACCUUAUUUACAUGAGUAUUCAGACCAUUUGCUAUGAAACUUGAAAUUGAGCUCAGGUACAUCCUGUUUCCAUUGAUUAUCCUUGAGAUGUUUAUACAACUUGAUUGGAGUACACCUGUGGUAAAUUCAAUUGAUUGGACAUGAUUUGGAAAGGCACACACCUAUCUAGAUAAGGUCCCACAGUUGACAGGGCAUGUCAGAGCAUAAACCAUGAGGUUGAAGGAAUUGUCCGUAGAGCUCCGAGACAGGAUUGUGUCGAGGCACAGAUCUGGGGAAGGGUACCAAAAAAUGCCUGCAGCAUUGAAGGUCCCCAAGAACACAGUGGCCUCCAUCAUUCUUAAAUGGAAGAAGUUUGUAACCACCAAGACUCUUCCUAGAACUGGCCUGCCCGGCUAAACUGAGCAAUCGAGGGAGAAGGGCCUUGGUCAGGGAGGUGCCCAAGAACCCGAUGGUCACUCUGACAGAGCUCCAGAGUUCCUCUGUGGAGAUGGGAGAACAUUCCAGAAGGACAACCAUCUCUGCAGCACUCCACCAAUCAGGCCUUUAUGGUAGAGUGGCCAGACAGAAGCCACGCCUCAGUAAAAGGCAAAUGAUAGCCUGCUUGGAGUUUGCCAAAAGGCACCUAAAGGACUCUCAGACCAUGAGAAACAAGAUUCUCUGGUCUGAUGAAACCAAGAUUGAACUCUUUGGCCUGAAUGCCAAGUGUCAGAUCUGGAGGAAACCUGGCACCAUCCCUACGGUGAAGCAUGGUGGUGGCAGCAUCAUGCUGUGGGGAUGUUUUUCAGUGGCAGGGACUGGGAGACUAGUCAGGAUUGAGGGAAAGAUUAAUGGAGCAAUGUACAGAGAGAUCCAGAGCACUCAGGACCUCAGACUGGGGCAAAGGUUUACCCUCCAACAGGACAAUGACCCUAAGCACACAGCCAACACAACGCAGUAGUGGCUUCGGGACAAGUCUCUGAAUGUCCUUGAGUGGCCCAGCCAGAGCCCGGACAUGAACCCAAUCGAACAUCUCUGGAGAGACCUGAAAAUAGCUGUGCAGCAACGCUCUCCAUCCAACCUGACAGAGCUUGAGAGAAUCUGCAGAGAAGAAUGGGAGAAACUCCCCAAAUACAGGUGUGCCAAGCUUGUAGUGGCGUACCCAAGAAGACUCGUCUGUAAUCGCUGCCAAAGGUGGUUCAACGAAGUACCCCCUAAAAAAUAAAAAUACAUAAAUACAUAUAAUUUUUUUAAGUACUGUGUAAAGGGUCUGAAUACUUAUGUAAAUGUAACAUUUCUAAAAGCCUGUUUUUGCUUUGUCAUUAUGGGGUAUUGUGUGUAGAUUGAUGAGUGGGGAAAAAACAAUUGAAUCCAUUUUAGAAUAAGGCUGUAACGUAACAAAAUGUGGAAGAAGUCAAGGGGUCUGAAUACUUUCCUGUAGCACUGUACAGACACAUACAUUCAUGCUACACACACAUCACAACUGCUGCUACCAGACACUUAUUAUACUGCUCAGUUUAUACACUGCCCCCCAUCCCCCACUUCCCAAAUACACGUCUAAAUAUUGGACUAUACAUUGUGCCUUCCUGUAUUAUACUGAUGCUAAAAGGUUAAUUCUACUGAGCCAUUUACUUUAUGUUUGUAUUAUCUUUUUAUUAUUUCUUAUUGUUGCGUUGUCAAGAAGGAACCUGCAAGUAAGCAUUUCGUUGAAUGGUGCAUAUCAUGCGUAUCUCUUACAGGCGACUAGUAAAACGUGUAUGUUGUAUUCCUGGUGUCCAGGCGUUACUUGGAGGAGGAAUUCAUCAUGCGAGUCAUGGCACAGCUCACUCUUGCCCUGAAGGACUGCCAUCGCCGGAGCGAUGGUGGGGCCACAGUGCUGCACAGAGAUCUUAAGCCCGCCAAUAUCUUCCUGGAUGUCAAGCAGAAUGUCAAGCUUGGCGACUUUGGUCUUGCACGAAUCCUGAACCAUGAUACCAGUUUCGCUAAGACUUUCGUCGGGACCCCGUACUACAUGUCUCCUGUGAGUCCAAAGCAAAGGCAAUCAUACAAUUGUGAAUCCUUCUAUACACCGAGUCGCUAUUCAUGUCAUAAACAAGUAGCCACAUGAAUGGCCACCGUGGGGGAAAACUGCUGUUCGCCAUCUGCGCCCUUUCAACAUAGUAAAUCUAGGCUAUGUUUUUUGGGAGGGGGGGGGGGUUCUCAAACGCUUACAAUGUUUUGGUUAUUGCUUGAACAGUUGGUGAGAUUAUAUUUGUUUGUGAUCUUAAAAUAUCUAUUUUUGAUGCAGUAGUUCGCUAGAACAGUGGUUUCCAACCCGGGGUACUAGGACCCUGGGGGUACUUGGCCUAUUCACAAGGGGUACUAGAGAAGACUCAUGAGACCAAAGGCUUACUGAUAAAAUUCACAUGAGGGGGUACUUCAGGGUUACUCCGGGCAGAGCAAAAUGUACUUGAUGGUACAGUAACAGAAAAAGGUUGGGAACCACUGAGCUAGAAUGCUAAUGCUCAUUGAUGUAGGUUGUGGCAAAGUUAGCCAAAGGGAAUUUUUACUGAUUGAAGUGUUUAAGUAUAAUGCAGUUGAUUGGCGACAAUGACAAACAUUAUAUUAAGCAGGACAUUCAUACGAGCCUUACAAUCCAAUUUAUAAUCCAAAAGUUAUGUGAAAUGCACUCAUAAGCAACAUGUCAAUAGAGGCUUAUUUUGCUGGCGGUCUACGAGUACUCCAUGGUGUUUCCCGAUGGGGAAAUAGUCAAUACCGACUCGAACUAUGAUUAUGGUUUUAAAAGUAGAUACUAUUUUUUUCAUAAUGAUUUUAGAGAGAAAUGCUCAGGUUGUCUAAUCAGUCAGUCCAUGUGUGGACACUUUCAUAUUUUCCAGGAACAAAUGAAUCGCAUGUCCUACAAUGAGAAAUCGGAUAUUUGGUCCCUGGGGUGCUUGUUGUACGAACUCUGUGCCUUAUCGUGAGUUACCUUGCCUGUCAUUAUAUUCUUACUCAAUAUCCCCCAGUCAAUGCAUUAGAUUAGAGUCUGAAGAAUGCGUUUCUUCCAUGUAGGCCUCCUUUCACGGCUUAUAACCAAAAAGAGCUGGCAGAGAAGAUCCGAGAGGGAAAGUUUAGGAGAAUCCCCUACCGGUAUUCAGAGGAGCUGAAUACACUCCUGUCCAGAAUGCUCCAUUUAAAGGUUUGGAAUAUGUUUCACAGCACCGAUAAUCUCCAUAUAGAGUUCAGGGCAUCUUGUGAGCAACUCCUCACUGCUGCACUUCUGUUGAGGAGAUGAUUGAUUGUUUGUCUGAAUCUCCAAGCACAUAAUUAUGCUCAAUAUACAAUUUCAACGUCAAGAGAUUUGAAUCCCUUUCUCUCUGUUCUACUGAAUCUGCCAGUUUGCUUUGUUGAUUUGACUGUUGUGCCUCGUUGCCAGGACUACCUGAGGCCCUCAGUUGAGUCCAUUCUCCAGAGCAGCCUGUUGGUGGACCUGGUCGCCGAUGAGCAGAGGCGGGCGCAGGCAAGACACCGGAGGAGGUCGGCCGAUCCAGAGAAACCAAAGCCUGCAGAGUCUUCAACCACUCCUACCAUUGCAGUACUGAGGCUGAAGGAGCGGGUGCUAUGGCACAGGGAGAAGGCCCUGAAGGAGCGCGAGGAGAGGCUCGAGCGUGAGUGUUGUUUGCCCUUAUCAGGGUUGGGCUCAAUUCUGUCCAUUUCAAUGAAUGUCCUGAAUUGAAAACGUAUUCAACCCCAACCCUGGUCCCUAUAAUGUCCUAGUCACAGACGAGACCAUCUAGUGUUGGAACAAGCAUGUUUUUUGGGUCAGUGUUGCUGGGUGUGGAUUGCUGAAAUGAUUGCUUGUAAAGGAAGUCAAUGUGUCACUGGCUAUGCUACCGAGUACACAGACUGAAUUGUUUGUAACCUGAGGGAUGAUUAAUUUAACUCUGGUGAAUGUGUUUCCAUUCCUCCUACAGAGCGGGAGCAGGAGCUUUGUGUUCGUGAGAGACUAUCAAAUGAGAAGCUUGCCAGGUAAAACGGAGCUCCCUUGGAUCACUUAAUUUACUUGAAAUGCAGCAAACUGCUGUUUAAUGUCACAUUAGACUAAAUCCUAGGGCUAAAUGCUACUUUUGCUUCCUGCUUUGGUGUUAUAAUCUCAUUGCUUACUAUAAAACUGCAAGCGGGUAUAAUCCAUUUUGACUCCCAACAAUGUUUUCUUUUUGUUUCAGAGCGGAGAGUUUGUUGAAGAGCUACAACUUGGUGAAACAGCAGAAGGCCCUGCCACCGCUCUCUUCCAAUGAAAUGGGUAUGGGAGUCAAGCGAAGGCCUCUGGACCCCCUGAACAUAGAGAAGAACUGAGCAUUGCAUUGUGUUCACUUCUGUAAUUGGGGGAUUUUUAACGUUUUACUGUAUUUUAGUCUAUUUAGACAUUUUAACCUUGUAAAUGUUUGUUUUUUUACUUCAAUAAAACCUGCAACAAACAUGGGGUGGGAACCAGGAGGUAAAUGAGGGAUACUUGUUUUGCUUCUUAAUUGAAGUUCAACAAUAUAAUAUACGGUAGCCAUGGGGUAACUGUGUUUUCAAAUGAAAUAAAAGGGGGAAACACAUUUGAUUUAGAUAAGUGUCUCAUCAAGUUAUCUCCAAUUUCAGUGUUUUUUUCCCCUCUGGAUAAAUUACAAACUUGAACAUUUCUGGGUAGUCUGACAAAUCACAGAGGCAUCCUACAAAGGAGGGUUUAUCUGAAAUAUUUUUUGUAGAGUUCAAUAAAACGUAUUCCACAUUUGUAACUCUUUGCCGUCUUGGCCCCUUAGAUGAGGGAGAGGAGAACGUCUCCCCUGGAAAGAAGGUCCAUUUUUCCGGAGAAAGCAAAGAGAACCAGAGGCCCGAUCAGAAGCAGAGUGUGAAGAGCCAGGAGCUGAGGCUGAAGAAGAGGCUGCAGGCAGCCAACAUGCGGGCCCAGACCCUGGGGGAGGUGGCGAGGCACUACCAGCUGAAGAGCUGGCAGAUCCUAGGCAUCCGCUAGCCCCCAAAGCGUCUGCUGCAUAGGGCCUGACUAUCAGUGUCAUGUGGAUGGAUGACUAGAUAGUUGUCUUAGGUGUGUCCCAGAAGUUGCAGGCUCUGCUUUAGUGUUCCUGACUAACAUUAGAGAGUUUCAGAGCUAUUGAAGCUAGCGAUCCAUACCCUUUAGAGAAAAUAUGUAGCUUUAAUUUAUUUGUAUUAUGGUGAGUGAUUUGUACUGUUGUAAAAUUGCCAAAUUUUGGAUGCCAGAUAUCUGUUUUUAGUGGUGUUUGUGUUUUUUCAACCUUAACAUUUCAAAUGUCUUGUUGAUACACAGAAUUGCACUGAAGUUAUGAUUUGUGAAUGUGAUUUAUAACCACUAUGUACAUACUGUAUGGUGGCAUUAAAUAUAUUUAAAGGGCAAUGUUAGUACGUUAUCUGAAGAUGUAUAAAUAGAUGUACACUCCCACAUACACUUCUCUUCUGGAAAUAUGUAAAUGUUUUGCAAAUAUGAUAUUGGGAUGGGUUGGCAAACUUUGAGGCUGUUGUUUUCUGUUAAAAACAGGCACUGGUGACCUUCAACAAAUGUCUGUUUGGGCAGGUCCACUUUCUGUUUAACUGUCAACUGAUUGACCUUUGUCCUUAAUGCUUUAUUGUUCCUUUGCCCUUGAAUUGUCUCCUAUUCAUCUAAAAUUGGCAUCAUGUACUUUAUUUUGGUUUUGGCAGUAUAAAAAUAUAUAAUAUUGUAUGCACUCAC